CAAGCACCUUGCAUGCCUUUGGCUACACUUCAGAUUAUGAAAUUGACGGUUUGCUUAUGUAGGUUGUCUGGUAUUUGGAACUGUGUCUACAUUAGCUGUCAAUGUCACUAAACGCUCUAGACUUCUGAAAUAUAUUGUUACUCGUUUUAUUCAACGUUGCUUGUGUUUCGAGUCCAGGAGUCUGGAGCAUAUCACCAACAACAGACGGUUUAUGACAACCAAGCCAAGGAAGUAGCUAUCAACAUAAGGCAGUCUUGAAGCUGGGGUAAAACAAUGAUGCACGGAUUCGGUUUUUGAGAGCACAUUAGCUAGCUAAUUAGAAAUGUAAAUUGUUGUCUAUUUGAAAAGUUAUCAUUUAACACGUGUAACGUUAUUCCAGUGUGUUAGGAUUUCGAUAGAAUGAAUUGUUAGACAGGAGCUGACUAGCCACGUCGCUACUGUCUGUAGCAACUAGCUAACAUCGCGACGUCUUUGACUUGCAGAGCUCUUGCUACCAGGGUUGGCAGGGACCAAUUAUAUCUACUAUUUAGAUUUUCGUUUAAAUACCAAAUAUUCUAUUGACAUGUAUCAAGAGCAUGACAGUACUUAAUUUGUCUACGAUUAAAUGUAUGUGACACCAAAUUAGAUCAGUUAACAAGUUAGCCUAACCAGUUUGCUAAAUAUGUUAGCGCAACCUAUAUCUUGCUAACUAACCAGCUACUGUUACAUGCACGUAGAUGCCUUGAUUUAUGGUUUGGUGGAUAAUAUAAUUUGUUCUAUGUAAAAUCCAGCACCCACCACAACCGUUAAGAUAAUUUGUUUAUUGACUGGUGAACUCGAUACAUAUUCUGUCAUCUUCGUGCUAGUGUUGGUCCACGUUUACUGUAGUAUUUAGGCCACGUCGCUGCAGAUGCAUUUCAUCCACUGACAACAUCGUUGGUUAAACGCAAACCAGAUAAACGACAACUGUGCGGCGCUUGAAGAACUAGCUAUCCACUACAUUCCAGUUAAUGCAAGCAGAUCGAUUCGGAAGAUUGCGGUUUCAUGCAAAUGCUUUGACUGUCCCAAUGGCUGUAUGUUUGCCGUAAUUCAACGGCAUGUCAGCUACCCAGUUUCUUUACCAGUGGAAGCAUAGAUCUUUUUAGUUUUCUAUAUAAAUUAGAACACGUUCUGAAAUGAUUGGUUUUGGCGCAAACCGACGGGGAGGGCGCCUACCGUCCUUCAUCUUAAUAGCAUUGAUGGUGAUCAUCGCCAUACUGUCUUUCAACUACUGGACUGUGUCCAACAAGCAUGGGCGCCUACUGGACGAGUUGGCAGAGGUGCAGACGCAGGUGAAACGGACAGACGCGGCGCGCAGUCGGCUGGAGAAACGCAACUCGGAACUAAUGGUGCAGGUAGACACGCACAGGAAACAGAUCGAUCAAAAAGACGGAGAUAAUAGCAUGCUCGAGGGCAAGCUGCAGGCUCGUGAAGCACUUUUCAAAAAGUGCACGGAUGAAAAGAUGAAGGUGCAGGGUGACAUCACCGCUCAGAUGGCAGAGAUUGUGAGGCUUAAAGAGCAACUAAAGGAGCUGAAACAGGAGUUUAUGAAGCAGGAAGACCAGAUGAGGGAGGUGAAGAAGAACAACACAAACCUCGAGAAGAAGCUGGAAUAUGAAAGUUUGCAGUGUGGGCGUCAAGUUGCACAACUAAAGGAGGAGUAUGAAGACACCAAAAAGACCCUGGAGGAGGAGGCAUUGAAACUGAGACAGAGCUUGCUGGAUAGCCAGAAGGCAGGAGCUGCUGAAGGAGGGACAGAAGCAGAACAGGCAGGAGAGCGCCACACAGUGGCCACCCUUCAACGAGACACUGACCUCAAAGAUUUGGGCAAGCCUGGCAGUGAUGCUGGCAUGCCUGGUAUUGAGGACAGUGAUUUGGGGAAAAUAGAUGACGUACAGUUUGCCCUGAAGAAGCCAGCAAUCACCCACAACCACAUAGAGAUACCUGACCCUGGGUUGAGAGAGGUGGGGGCUGGGGCAGGCGAGGGGGCUGGUCAAGGCCUCUCUCUGGACCGGCCUGUGCUCCAGAUCCAGGACAAGGCUCUACGGUUGGGGAUGGAGGGCCAACCAGCCGCCUUCCAGCAGCAGCCCCCCCAGCCGGUGGCAGAUAGACCCAUCCUUUUUGACGAGGACAACAAGGCAGCCGUCCAGGCAGAUGAGUUCGGAGAGCAGAAAGGACAGCUUGGAGCUCCAGACAGUGUGAUGAAAGCAGACGGCGUACAGAUCAAGAUGCCUCCUAAUCCUGCCCAAGUGCCCAACCCCAUAGAGCCUCGACAUGCCAGAGACCCCAAGCCUGCUGAGCCCCCACGUCACAGACAGAGCCGUUUCUUUGAUGAGAACGAGUCCCCUGUAGAUCCGCAGCACGGCUCUAAGCUGGCGGACUACAAUGGGGACGACGGGAACGUGGGUGAGUACGAGGCGGACAAACAGGCCGAGCUUGCCUACAAUGAGGAAGAGGAUGGUGAUGGUGGGGAGGAAGACGUCCAAGAUGAUGAAGAUCGAGACAUGCAAGGCGACCGGGCAAUGGACUAUGGAAAGCGACAUCAAGCCAUCGACAUCCUGUAAAUCUUAUCCACUUGUGCUGAGAUCUUACUGAAAUAGUGGGACUGCAAAUUCAAACUAACAUUUAUUCCUUGGCAUUGUGUUUCACUGGUGCUUUGGAUGGCAUUCUUAGGACUGAAAUCAUGAAGAAGUGCAAGUUUUAUGGGGAUGGAUUUUCUGAAGAAAUGGUAGGGAUUAUAAUAUGGACUAUUCUGAAGAGGUGGUUUAUUAUUACACAAAGCAGUUUGACCUAACAUCAUGUGUCAUUGGAUCUAUAAAACAAUUCAUUUGAAAUAGUUCUGUGCAGCUGUCGACAUGCAAAUAGUUUUGUUUUCUAGUAAAUUAUUUGGUAUUUGAAUUCCUUACAGAGGUGUCAAGAAUAUAAUGUACAAGAGUACUAUACAGUACUAUACAUUUGUAAUGUUUUUUAAUGACUGAUUAUGAAGGCUUUUUUGUUUUGUUUAUUUGUGAAUUAACUGGUGCUGCAAGAAGAGACUGAUGUGAUCUGAAAGAAACAGUUUGGUUCAGAACCUUGCUGUCGUUCUUGCCUCUGAUUGCUCACCAGGUCACCUAGACUGGCAUAGCAUAUUUCUUGACUUGGGAAACUUCACUUUGAUUAUUCUGCAUCCCUUUUGAUUUUUACGGCUGUGGCUUGAUAAAAGUAAAUGGGAAAACUAUUCCUCCUAAAUACUUCUAUGAAAUCGACUGGACAAUUCCUUUUGCACUUUCUCUAGUUGGAUUAUUAUAGAUGCCCACUCUUCAAACACAUCUGCGCCAACCAACACAGAGCUGAUGCCAAGGACUUCUCAAAGCUUCUUAAACUUAUGUCUUAUUUCUGUCAUAGACAACACUCCAAAGUGUUCAUUCUGUCUUACAAUGAUGCUGUUGCAUGCAUUAAUAGCAAUCUUUAUUAAUCAACCUGAAGAACAUCUUGAAGCUUAAAGCAAUACUUGGACCACCAAUUUAGAAUUAGGGAUCCUGUGGUGGUGAACUAAAGGCUCAUUGCACAUCUGGAACUGACACCUGUCCUGCUAUUAUGAAUUAACUACAGUAAGCAUACACAUCUGAACUGUUUCUGUUUGAACUUUAGGACUCAAGGGGCUAUUCUUCCUUUACGAUGAUGACCAUAGAAUCAAUUGUGUGUCAAAAAAAAAGAUUUCAUAUGGAAGGUCGGCAUAUUGAAUGUACUCUGCUAAUGUUUGUUUGUUGAAGAUUAUAAUUGUCAUUUAGAUAUUUGGGUUAUCAAAACUGUUUCCAAACUAUACAAUUUAAAUGCUAAUAGAUGACUAGAAUCAGUCAGCUUGUCCCCAGCUAAGCUUUCCCCUCAAAUUCCAAUGUGUUACUGAUGAGCUGGGAUUAUUAAAAGCUAUUCGUAUCACUGUGA